AUGGUGGCCAAAAAUCAUGAAGGCUUGAUUCUUGAUGGAGCAGCUGAGGUAGUGGAGCGUCCAUCGACGGUGGUGGAGGAGGAGGCUCUAGCUCUCCAGUGGUCUAUUGGCUUGUCUAUAAACCUUGGUUUUAUACGGGUGUGUUUUGAGACAGAUUGUCUCAAACUUUUCCACCUGUGGAAGAAGCCUCCGGAUGGGAGGAAUUACUUAGCUACUAUUCUUGGUGAUUGUUUUCAUUCUAGUCGUUCUUUUGAUUUUAUUUAUGUUGAGUUUGUUCGCCGUUCUGACAAUGUUGUCGCAGACUUUUUGGCUAGGAACGCUUCCUCUUACACCAGUUGCGUGUGGAUAGAGGAGGCUCCUUCAGAGGUUGACGCUUUUGUAACCGCAGACAUUUUAGCUUCUAUGCCCUCAGUUUAA